CACCCGGCCAGCCGCCUCCAGCUGGGGCUCGGGAGAGCGAGUCGGCGGCCCGGGCUGGGCAGCCAAAGCCAUGGAAGCCUCGGCAGGUCGCUGAUCGGGGCCAGGCGGCUGCAGCGGCGACUGCAGAGGCGCUGCGCCAAGCCGGGCCGGAGCGGUGCGGGCGGCGGGACUGCGGAGGGCGAGUGGACUCAGCCCCGGGGACACCGCCUAUCCCGCCCCUCACCCGGACCCGCAGCCUCAUGGCCAUGUCCCUGCCAGGGAGUAGACGGGCCUCUGCCGGAUCCCGCAGGCGCACCUCGCCCCCGGUGAGCGUGCGGGACGCCUACGGCACCUCCUCCCUCAGCAGCAGCAGCAACUCGGGCUCCUGCAAGGGCAGCGGCGACAGCAGCCCCACGCCCAGGCGCUCCAUGAAGUACACACUGUGCAGCGACAACCAUGGCAUCAAGCCCCCCACCCCCGAGCAGUACCUGACGCCGCUGCAGCAGAAGGAGGUCUGCAUCCGCCACCUGAAGGCCCGGCUGAAGGACACCCAGGACCGGCUCCAGGACCGGGACACAGAGAUCGAUGACCUGAAGACGCAGCUGUCGCGCAUGCAGGAGGACUGGAUCGAGGAGGAGUGCCAUCGCGUGGAGGCCCAGCUGGCCCUGAAGGAGGCCCGCAAGGAGAUCAAACAGCUCAAGCAGGUCAUCGACACGGUCAAGAACAACCUGAUCGACAAGGACAAGGGGCUGCAGAAGUACUUUGUGGACAUCAACAUCCAGAACAAGAAGCUGGAGACGCUGCUGCACAGCAUGGAGGUGGCCCAGAACGGCAUGGCCAAGGAGGAUGGCACCGGGGAGUCUGCCGGCGGGUCCCCCGCCCGCUCCCUCACCCGCAGCUCCACCUACACCAAGCUCAGCGACCCUGCUGUCUGCCAGCCUGGUGACCCCCCCAGCGCCUCCGCCGAGGAUGGACCUGACAGUGGCUUUGUGGCCGCUGAUGACACGCUGAGCCGGACUGAUGCCCUGGAGGCCAGCAGCCUGCUCUCAUCCGGGGUGGACUGUGGCCCCGAGGAGGCCUCGCUGCACAGCUUCAACCUGGGGCCCCGCUUCCCCGCCAGCAACACCUACGAGAAGCUUCUGUGCGGCAUGGAGGCCGGCGUGCAGGUCAGCUGCCUGCAGGAGCGCGCCAUCCAGACAGACUUCGAGCAGUACCAGCCCGACCUGGACGCCAUCCUGGAGAAAGUGACCCAGGCCCAGGUCUGUGGGACAGUUCCCGAGGACAGGCACCGGGAGCCAGAUCCCCACCCCCCAGGGCCCAGAGACCCCGAUUCAGCAGUGGUGGUGACCGUGGGCGACGAGCUCGAGGUCCCGGAGCCCAUUACCCACGGGCCCACCGUGCACGGACCUGGAGCCAACCCCAGCCCCGGCCCGUCAGUGAGCGUGGUGUGCCCCGUGGAGGAGGAGGAGGAGGCCGCCCCGGCUGAGAAGGAGCCCAAGAGCUACUGGAGCCGCCACUACAUCGUGGAUCUGCUGGCCGUGGUGGUGCCGGCCGUGCCCACGGUGGCCUGGCUCUGCCGCUCCCAGCGGCGCCAGGGCCAGCCCAUCUACAACAUCAGCUCCCUGCUGCGGGGCUGCUGCACGGUGGCCUUGCACUCCAUCCGCAGAAUCAGCUGCCGCUCGCUGAGCCAGCCGGGGCCCAGCUCGGCCAGCGGGGGCUCCCAGCUCUGAGGAGGCCUGUCCCCGCAGCACCCGGCCGCCUGACCACUGAUUGUAGGGAAGCCCUCCUCCCCUCGCCUGUCCCCAUGGGUAUCAUCUUAUUUAUUUAGUUUUGGGUUUGGAACCAUUUUCCCCCCCAACAUUACCAGGGUCCAGGAGAAGGGCUUGGGGGAGACACCCCAAGACUUCCCGAGAGAGAAAGGUAAGAAAGGCCAAAGACCAGGAGUGAGGGGCGCACUGAGUGGGCACACUGCAGAGAGAGAAGCUGGUGAGGGCCCCCUGUGUCCACCUGGCCCUUGAGACAGGGUGGGCCCUGCUUAGGAAGUCUCUGGAUCUCUCUGGGGAGGCUUCCCCCCUGCACCAUCCUGUCCAGUGGCCUGUCCACUCCAUGUCCUCUCUCCCAAGUCACCCCUUGCCCUGAGCCCAGGUUUCUGGGCCAAUAUUAUCCCUUCAGAUGGAGGCAGCCGUGGCCCAAAGUGCAGACAGCUGACCCACGGACUCGGGGCAGGGUCUGGAUCCCAGGCCUGGACUGGAGCUCCAGCGCCCCCAGCCUGUCCGCCCCUUGGGAUUCAGAAGCAUGGGGCUGCCGGGGGCAGAAGGCAGGGUGGGCUCUGUGUCUGUCUGUCCUCCCAGGCCCUCCCCACCAUCCACUUUCCUCUUGGUGUUUCUGGGUGUGUCCGAUCGUUCUUCUGUGAGAGAGCUAAGCCCCACGGGCUCCGGUGCUGCUGGGCGGGGACCCUCACCCGAGACAAGGUCCCAUCGCGAGUAUCCACCAGCAGGAAAGGCGUCAGGGGCAGGGCGGUCCAGGGAGCCCUCCACCUUCUGAGAUGAGGCCAUCUCAUCUGCUGUCUGCGAGGCCUGGCUGGACUCAGGAAUCCUCGGCCAGUUUGAAAAGCCGGAGGCCCCCACGGCCCCUGGAGCUUGCCCAGUUUCUCUGGGGGCCUCGGGCCCAACUUCUCCCUUGCACUACGUUCACUUUGGGGACUGGUUCUCCCUCAUCCCAGGACCUCCAGAGAGGUGGCUGCUUCCUUUCCGGGAUGAGUGUCCUUGUGUCUUCAACCUAUCUGCCUCGGAGGAGGGUGCAGAUUCUGGCAGAUCUCAAAACGGGGUCCAGAAGCCAUGGGGUUCGUCCAGGCCACAGCAGGGACGUGUUUCCCGGGCAGGGGGCCUGGCAGAGGGGGUUGGAACUCUGCAGCCACCUUCCCCCUGCCCAAGCCCAAGCCCAGUCAGCCUGGGAAGCUCACUGUCCCCAACCCUUGCCUGGAAUCCCGUGGGAGACCCCAGAAAGCCGGUGAUGUUAAUUGCCAUGACUAGUUUACAAGGUCACAUCCCUCCGGUCAUCGGACCCACCUGCCAGACGUCAGGUCCCACAUGGGGAGUUGGCGGGACUCUAGGUCUCACUCGGCCCUCUGGCCUAGGGGCCACUCCGGCUCCCUGCCAAGGUGGCUUGCCCUCACCCCACUGCCUGACUCACGGGCUCUGCCCUUCCGCUCUGUGCCCUCCCCUCGAGGGGGCACCUGCAUGCCCUGGGAAUGGGCAGCAGCCCAGCCAUCGGGGCAGGAGCCCCCCCACGCGCUUUGUGCCUCCAAAGACCCCCACCUCGUUUGGGGCCUCAGGCCAGCCCUCCUCGCGCAGCYCCCCCCCCCCCCAGCUGAAUCAAGCCCGAAUGCCCGGGGUCUGCUGGGGCCGCCCCACAGGACACUGGGCUCGUGCCAUGGAGGAGGCAGGGAACAAAAGCAAUCCAAAGCCAAGCCAGGACUGGCCACGGACCCAGCCUCCCGAGCCGUGUCCUCACGGAGCUGCGUAGCGUCUCCCUAGACACAGUCAAAGCUUUGCAGACAAAAUAAAUGUACGAACUCAUCUGACGCCAUAGAAUCUACGUGUUUUCCGCUGGAACUUAGUCGAGCUCUGCGCCCCUCUGCCCCUGUCCGCGUCUCGCUGUCUGUGGCCUUCCUAGUGUGUCUGUGUGUCGGUGGUCGUGGGCAGGGCACCUGGGGCUCUAGUCCACUCUGCCCUGCUGCUCGAGAAGCCGCUUGGAAAGCGCUGGGCAGUGGGUGGGCCUGAGGCCCGUGGAGGAGGGGACGGGGCUGGCGGACGCCUCGACUCCUGCUCUGGGCCAGACCUGCGUGGGUCGGGGGCCCAACCCAUCGUGUUGGGUCCCCUCUGUGGGUCUGCUGGAGCCUUUCUCAGGCUUCUCUUCUUGCCAGUGGAGAAUGCAGCUCACUGCCCAGCCCUGGGACAGACCUGGGCCCGCACGGCUGAUGCCCCGGUCCAGCUUCUGGGCCUGUGUGAACUCAGUAUCCUGCAUCUAUGCAAAGGGGCAGUGCUGCCUGAAUAGUUCCCAGAGGUGGCCGAGCAGCAGCCUGCUGGCUCCAACUCCCGGCCCUGACGAGCGGGGCCCCGGACAAGGGCCUGGGAGGGCAAGGCUGGGGCCGGGGGCUGGGCCUCCCCAGAGCACUGAUCCUCUAAAGCUCCCCUUUCC